AUGGCCUCGGCAAUGUCGAUUGCGCAGAAGCGCAAACAAUCGAUCGUACGUAAGACUCCUCGUACUGGUGGAAAGGGACUUCCUUCGCGCACAGGUGGUAAAAAGCUUCCAGGCACUCGUAUUAAGAAGGGACACAGAUAUGCCCCAGGUACAUUGGCUCUUAAAGAGAUCAGGAAGUGCCAGAAGGAGAGCCUGCUCUACAUCAAGAAAACCCUAUUUGCCAGACUUAUCAAGGAGCUCGUUAUGGAUCAGGCUCAUACACCUCUUCAGCCAAAGAAGAACAAGGCUACCAAGGCGCUAAAAGCAAAGGCUACGCCAAAAUGCAAGCCUCUCCCAACUAAGCAGCCUCGACGAAUCGUUGAAGACGAUUCUGACGAGGAUAUGCCAGACGCUACUCAGAAUCCGACUGUAGAAAACAAUAAUAGCGAGGAUACCACUGCUCAGCAGGCAACUCUUGAUAAUAAGCAGGACGAUAAUGAGCAGGAUGAAGAUAAGCAGGAACAAGAUAAGCAAGAUCAAGAUGUCCGAGAUCAAGAUGUCCAAGGUCGAGACUUUCAAGCUAGUUAUAAUUAA